GCUUCGAGUAUCAGUUUUUUUAUAUUUUCAUUUUUUAAUUAAACUUUCCGAUAUGAUACCCCGUGUAAGAAAUACUACAUCAAAAUCACUUAAAACUAUCUUCAAUUUUUUUUCUCUCGAUUAUUCGAUUACGCUAAAUUCGCUGAUCGCCGUUGACCCUCGCGGCAUUCAACGUGUUAACUAUCAAUUAUAUAAUACGUUCAAGUGGCAGUGACACAGAAAAUAAUAUUACAGUCUGUAUGUAUGGAAACGUUUGCCGAAUUUAAGCGUGUUAUUUUCCCGUAAUAAAAAUGAUAAUCACGUGUAAUCUGGAGAUUGUGUAUUUACUUAUACGAGACCUUUGAUGGCAUGUUUCGCCGAAGAAGGAAUCAGCGUAUCAAUUCAGUCAGCUGUCAAUCCGAAUGUACCAGAUGCCCUUGUGAUCCAGAAGCAUCGGAUCGGAUCGAUCGUUUUGUUGGACGGGUUAAAUCUCACGUCCCCUGAGAAUGUUCUUCAUGUGGCAUCUCAGAAAUUUCUGUUUAAUUAUUAUAUCUCUUGGUUGAUGAUUACAACGAGAAAUAAUGAUGCUACGAUCGAUACGGUGCUUCGACAUUUGAAUAUCGGUAUUGAUAGUGAUGUCGUGGUUGCUACACCUUCUUCAUUCUACUCGAAAAUUCAAAAACUACCGGGAAGAACCUGUUCCUUCUUACAACGUUAUGGAGAUCAUUUUAAAUUUCAUGAGCCACCGAGCAAGAAAUUCGACGAAAAUGCAUCGAUCAACCUAAACUAUGCGAUUUUGGAGAAACGAACCGUAUUCUUCUAUUUCGUCCAUGUGUAUAAGAUCCGAUACGGUGAUAAUACCAGUCUGGUAACAAACUUUCUUGGAUCCUGGAAUCAAGACUCUUGGUCCUUUCACAAUCCAACGAGUGUCAAAUUACGAAAUGACUUCAAAGGAUUACCAAUUGUUUUUGGAGUAUUAAAUGGAACUAUUGACGGAGAGAUGGAUUCUACCGAAGAGGAGACGGAUGAUAUUGCUCCCCUUAUUGAUUUUGCCAGUUUUGUUACCAGCAGUGUGAAUGCAAGCAUAGAAUUAGUAUCACACCAGAAGCUGGGUACUCUGAACAACAAAGUCUGGAACAAUCUUCUUGGAGAUGUGGUGAGCGGAACUGUGGAUAUUGGUUUGGGAUACAUAACUGUGAACGAGGAACGGCAAACGGAAAUGACGUUCAGCCAUCCAUUAAUUCGCUACAUGAGAAACAUUUAUUAUCAUCCCCUAGAGAUUGGUACGAUGAGAGACAUAUUUCGACAACCAUUCAAUAAUUACCUUCUAGGAUGUGUUGCUUCCACAUACGUUGUUAUAUUAAUUGUAAUGGGAUUAAUUAUUUACGCUGCGAAGAAUGUUCUCCAUUAUGAAGAAGAGAAACACAUUGGAAUAGGAGAGGCUACAUUGUGGUGCAUCAGUAUAAUGUGCAUGCAAGGUUCACUAUGGAUACCAAGAAAUCCAUCUGGAAAAACAGUACUCCUAUUCAGCUUAAUUUUUUCUCUAGUCACAUACAGUGCCUACGCUGGUUUCAUUACUUCUAUAUUAUCAGUACAGACCAGUGGUAUCAGAUCAAUCACAGACAUUCUUUCGCACAAUUUCAAAUUAGGAUACAGCAGAACCGACGACGAGUACAUCAGAAACGUGAAUGAUAGUAAUCUUCGAGAAUUGUACAUAAGAGCAUUCAACAACCGAGAGUCUCGAUUGGACACGACUUCCGGUCUCGCGAAGGCCGUGAAAGGGCACUAUGGUUUCUUCGUGAGCGCUACCUUGGCAAGACGAGCCCUUAGGUCGACGUUGAUACAGGAAAGGUGUUCGUUAAGGGAGCUACCACUUCCGCAGACCUUCACCAUGGUGGCUCUACCCAUGGCUAAUUCUUGUCCCUAUAAAAAGGUCAUUAAUUUAAACAUCCUGAAAAUCCGAGAACGUGGGGUAUUGAACAGAAUCACCGAAAGAAUGCUGCCCGAAAUGCCCCGAUGCAAAUUACCCACAACUUUUCACAGUGCCAGAUUAACCGACGUCUAUUCCGCUUUCUUUAUCUUGAUAGCUGGCGGAGUGUCGGCCAUUUCGAUAUGGAUCGUAGAAAGAAUUUGGAAUAAACGUCGACAAAUGAAGGACACCAUUGUUCGUGGGAUGCGACAGCAUCAUCUGAUGCCGCAUUUCUCUCACCUGCCUCAUCUACCCCAUUUCCCUCAUUUCCCACAUUUGUCACAAUUGCAUAUUCGAGAUGAUUCGACGAAGAGCGACAACAAAUUCUUCGCUUCGAACCCGUCUACUUCUGUUCAGGAGAGACCAACAUUUAAAGAAUCAUCUUUCAAAAGGAAGAAAGAGAAAGAUGAAGAGACACACUCGGAAGAUAAAACGAGUUAUCCGCGUUUCGAGCAGGCAUUUUGUGGUUCGAGAAAGCAGACGGGUUCUAAGCGUACGAAUUGGACUCCUUUCUAUGGAUUACAUAAGGAAAAGUUUGGAAAACGAUCCAAGGAUAAUGAGAGCAACGAUGAUACGAUAUUUCCUUUCCAUCAGUGAUUUUAGGGGACGUUAAUCAAAGCUUAUAUUUAAUUUCAUAUUCGCGCCCAUUGGAAAUAGUGUUGCUACUGUCAGCUAGUAGAAAGCGACAACACUGAAUGCCGAAAAUUGCUUUUUUAAAUAAAAUAAGCAAUUUUUAUGCACAAUUAGUGCAAGUAACACGUCUGUAGUGAUCUUUUUAAAAAGAAGCACAUUUAAAGUAAUAUCAGCAGCACUUUGCUUUAAAUGGAAAAUUGUCAGUAUUAUUAAAA